ACCCCACCCCCCCUCAGACAGACGGUCUGCAGCAUCACGGAGACACGGACACGCAGCCCAGCUCCACCGACACACGCGGCUCCCCGCAGCCCAGAGCAGCGCGCUAGUCCCGCCCCGCCCCCCCGCAGCCAGCGAGCAUGUCGGUGCUGGGCCCCGCCCCCAGCAGCGCCGACGCCUGCCUCAGCAUCGUCCACAGCCUGAUGUGCCACCGGCAGGGCGGAGAGAACGAGGGCUUCGCCAAGCGGGCCAUCGAGAGUCUGGUGAAGAAGCUGAAGGAGAAGAAGGACGAGCUGGAUUCGCUCAUCACGGCGGUCACCACCAACGGCGUCCACCCCAGCAAGUGUGUCACCAUCCAGAGGACGCUGGACGGACGGCUGCAGGUAGCAGGCAGGAAGGGUUUCCCUCAUGUGAUCUACGCCCGUCUGUGGCGCUGGCCCGACCUGCACAAGAACGAGCUGAAACACGUAAAGUUCUGCCAGUACGCCUUCGACCUGAAGUAUGACAGCGUGUGUGUGAACCCGUAUCACUACGAGAGGGUGGCGUCCCCCACCUCCACAGGGCCACAGUCUCUGAUAAAGGAAGAGUUCAUGCAGGACUGUCUGCAGCUCGACCUGCCCCCCCACACAGACCUGUACGGUGACCAGCCCCGCCCCGUCGCCAUGUAUCCCAGCAUGCCCCUGUCUCCUCCAGGGAGAAACUCCAUGCCGCCUGCAGGUCUGAGUGCUGCGGGGGUCAGCGAGGCUCCAGAGGGCCCCGGGCUCCUCCACCUCACCAUGGAUCAGGGGGGCCGCACCUCCCCACAGUCUGCCCACCCCGCCACCCCCACCUCCCCGCACCAGCAGAGCAGCCCUGCACCUGCCAACUGGACAGGUAACAGCCCCGCCCCCUAUACACCUGCAGGGCAUCACCACAGUGGGCGGAGCCACAUGCAGCAGCCAGCAUUACAUCAUCACCACCACACCCCCAACACUCACUUCUGGUCGCAGCAUCACAGUACUCCUCCGUACCCACAGCCAGUCUCCAACCAUCCAGGUCCAGAGUUCUGGUGCUCCAUCUCCUACUUUGAGUUGGACGUUCAGGUUGGUGAGAUGUUUAAAGUCCAGUCAAGCUGUCCUCUGGUGACGGUGGAUGGCUACGUGGAUCCUUCAGGAGGAGAUCGAUUUUGUUUGGGACAGUUGAGCAACGUCCACCGGACUGCAGCCAGCCACCGGGCCAGGCUCCACAUCGGUCGGGGGGUCCAGCUCGAGUGUCGGGGCGAGGGGGACGUCUGGAUGCGCUGCCUCAGCGACCACUCAGUGUUUGUUCAGAGCUAUUACCUGGACCGGGAGGCGGGCCGAGCCCCCGGUGACGGAGUUCACAAGAUCUACCCUGGAGCUUAUAUCAAGGUGUUUGACCUGCGCCAGUGCCACAGGCAGAUGCAGCAGCAGGCGGCAGCGGCUCAGGCUGCAGCAGAGACCCAGGCGGCUGCGGUUGUUGGUGCGAUGCCUGGUCCGAACAGUGUGGGAGGAAUUGCACCUGCCCUCAGUGUGUGCUCAGGUGCAGGUCCAGGCGUGGAUGACUUGCGGAAGCUGUGUAUUGUGAGAUUGAGCUUCGUGAAAGGUUGGGGGUGCGACUACCCGAGACAGAGCAUCAAGGACACCCCCUGCUGGAUGGAGGUCCACCUGCACCGGGCGCUGCAGCUGCUCGACCAGGUGUUGCACACGCUGCCACCACGAGAACAGGCUCUCUGAGAGACUCGUUGGAAGACACACCUGACUACUGAGGACGGACUGCGCCACCAAACGACCGGCCAUCCUGUGCGUCCCAUUCCUCUGCAGAGGCACUCCAGCAGCUCAUUGUCCAGAUGAGAGACUUUAAGCUAGCCGCAGCAUCCAGGGUCAGUUCAAACAGAGAAAUCUGGGAUGGAGUUUAUCUAGUCAGAAUCAGGAAGAAGCCCAGUGCUUUGUGUGAAUUGACCCUCUGACUGCUGAUUUCAUAUCAGCUGAAACCAAAAACCAAAAAUUAUGUUAACUAUGCUCAUCAGGUUUUAUUUCAGUAUUUAUUUCUCUUGAUUAUGUACCAAAGAUUCAUUUCUACCUAAUGACAUCAUAUCCUACUUAGGCUGUUGAUCAGAUCCUCUGUGAACUUUAGGACCUUUGAUUCCAUUUUUUGGGUUUUCUUUUUGCAGCUCUUUAUCACGUUUUAAACACUUUUCUACAGAAAUCCUCUAUAACUCUGUACCAUCUGCUGUUGGUUCUCAUCAAACCUUUCACAUGUCAAUAAACAUGUCUAAGUCCUGCA